GGAGGUGAAAGAAUAUUAGCUAAAUUGUCUAGAAACUGGUGUCCCAGCUAUGGCCCUGCCUUAGAUUGCCUCACCUGGGAGCCUGCUGCUUAAGUAUAGAAUAGGGGUGGAGAGUUGAUCAUCUCUCACGGUCUUCCCAGCUUGGGACCUCUUUAUAUUUGUAUAUAACCUAUCAUUUAGCCUCAUGAGCUUCAUUGCCAAGUCUGAAAGUAUAAUAUUUUGAACAAUUAAAUGAAAAGACUUAAUAAAUUUUGCAGAUUCUUUGUAAUUAACUUGGUUAAAUCAUUGAUAUUUAAAUAGAAUUCAAAUGCUUAUCAGCAAAUCGAGUGAAUUCUUCUCUGUCACUGGAUUGAUUUUCCUAUUGGGUAAUGAAUUGAAUUUUGUACAUGAAUCUCAUUCUUCAAAGCCUAAGAACACUUUGAGAAGUGAAUACAUUGGCAAAUAGCCUUGUUGGAAAUGUCUUAGAAUCCUGUAACGAAAGGGUUGGCCCGGUUGCUUUGGCUGAACCUGAAGUGCUCGCAGUUAGCUAUCCCCACCCUGCACGGCACUCCUUCUCUUGCUGUUGUUACUGAGAACUCAUGGGACGAUUGUCUGCACCUUGUGUAGAUGCAGGGAACAUACCAUGGCAGUUUGAAGUGGAUGGCUUCCGUCCUGCUGGUGACAUGCCUCACGUGGAUGCUGCCGCAGCUGCUGUGCCCACCAGACCUGCCUCCUAUCACUACCCAAGCAUAGAUCUGACACAAAUUGGAGAACAGAAUGAAGAAGAAAACAUAUGGGAACAGCACGUGAAAGAACAAAGCCAGAGAGAAGACAGGAGGCACGGUGCACGACAAGAAGCUUUAGAAAGGGAACGAAGAGAACUAGAAAAACUGGAUCAAGAAUGGAGAAUGAUUGAAGAAUCAUUGAAGAUUGAAAUGGAAAAAGAAUUAGAAAAGAGUGUUCAAGAAAUGAAAGACGAAUCUGCUUAUGAUGCAAAUCCUUUAGAGAAAUACAUGAAAAUCAUUCAGCAGGAUCAAGACCAGGAGAUGGCAGAUAAGAGCUCAAAAAACAUGGUCAGGGAAGGCUCACAAGUGGACACACUGCCAUCUAGUGAUAAAGAUGAAAGUUUCCCAGGCCUCUCUCCUGAAGAACCUGAUGACUUUUGGUAACCACGUCUGCUCUCCAGCUUCUUACUCAGAUAACGUAACGAAAGGCCUUUGAGUUCUCUGUAAUAAGACACAGUUCUCAAUAAAAAUUUCAUGUGUAA